GAUUCCUGUGAUUUAAUUCAAUUCAAAGUCUAAGUUUAGUUAGUUUACGUGUAAUGCAAACUUAUAGGUUAAGUUUGUUUUCAAAAUCCAAAAUUGAGUUUUAAUAAAAAUUUUGGUUACAGUAAGGUUACCUAUUUUUGAAUGUAAUAUAAUCCAAACAAAAUAAAUUAUGGGACAGACGAGUGUCAACACAUUAAGCCUCUCCAAUGAUGAAGAUGUCCUUGGAAAUGAUGAACAUUGUUCCAAAGGAGCUCUAACAGGGAUUUUUGGAUGGCUUUUACAGUUCAUUUUAGCAGCUCUUGCCUUUACCUGCCUUAUCGUGAAGCGUUACUGUGAGCCGAGGUUUGAGAGGAGGCCAUGGCGGAUAUGGUUUUACGACACGUCCAAGCAAGGUUUGGGAGCUUUGUUUAUGCACAUGUCCAACAUAUUUCUCUCAGGUCUCUUCCAGGGGGAUCCUUGCACUUGGUAUAUCAUAAACUUCCUCCUAGAUUCCUCAAUUGGUUUGCUGCUGAUUUACAUUGGAAUCCGUUUAACACAAUUUGUAGCCAAAGUGAAACAGUGGGAUUCCAUCAACUUUGGAGAAUACGGAAUGCCACCCUCCACCAAUGCUUGGCUAUCCCAGUGCUGUCUUUACAUCCUGCUCAUGUUUCUGGUCAAAGUGAUCAUCACAGUGCUCAUACAGUUCCAGUUCUGGGACAAAGUGCGCGAGCUCAUUCUCUACCCAUUUCCCAACCAAGACGUAGAACUUGCAGUGGUAAUGCUGAUUAUACCUCUCUUUGUCAAUGCUCUGAUGUUUUGGGUCACGGAUGACUUCCUAAUGCAUCGGUCCGAGGCGAAAACGAACCGGUUGGUGCAGAAGACAAAAGUCCGCUAUCUGCACACUCGACUGCCUCGAACAGAGUCUGACUCGGACGUCGUGUUGUCAACAGACGAAGACAUCAUCGGAGACUCAAUACAACAUUUGCGUUCAUCCAUUCUCUCCUGAUGCACUUCUUAUCAAGUUUGCACCAAAUUAGUAUUUAAGGGUACUUAAAAUAGUCUUAUUGUUAUGUUUGUGUUUUAUAUGAGCUUUUAUAUUUUUAUAUUUAUUCCUACAUGCGAAACGAGAGUUUUCAGCCUAGGUCGGUUGGCUUUGCUUACAGCGUAGAGUGUGUGGAUUUUGCGUGUUAAACAAGUGUUGUUUGUAGUAUGAGAUUGUGUGAAAGAGCUCAAAUUUUAAGAUAUAUUUGUAGUAGACCCUUGAUAGUCCAGAAUAAACUAGCAAUGGGUAGGUCAGAUUUACAAGUAACCAUUGAUGUAAUGAAUUUUAAACCGCUUAUAAAUCUUUAAAAACUUUCAACAGCAGCACUUCAUCUGCCCAAUAAACAUAACUCAGUCUCAGAACAUUCACUUUCAUAAUGUUGUGUUCACAAAAUGUAGUUGCAGUUUUAAUUUCUAGAUUUGCUGCCAAUAUAGUCCGUAUGAUUGAACUUGUCUCCUGACUAUCCAUCUACCUGGGGACUGCCCAAUGGGUUAAGGUUCGGGUCAGUCCCAGGUAGGCGGAGGGUCAGGACACAGGUUCCAUCAUACAGACUAUAGUAACAAGCAGUUAGGUAUUGUUGUGAUAAAUGCUGUAGACCCACAAUACAAUUUUAUAUCAUAGGCCUACUGUAUUGUUUGGGCAGUAAAUAUGUAAAGGUGUGUAAAACAUACCCUAGUUAUAAGUUUUGUUAUAACCGACCUCUUAAAACAAUAGCGCUAAGAUACUGUAGAAGUACGGAUUUGUUUUCUAUACAAUACAUGUGGGUUUUAAGGUUCCAAUAGGCCUACUAGUUUUUAGAAUUGAUACGGUUUACUCGGUUUUAGAUUAUCAAGGGACUACUCCACUACAUUUAUCAACUAAGAGACUGAAGUUGAAUUAUAGUUUAGUACCUACUGAUCAACUUUACUUUUAUGAAUUUUGUUAAAUAAAAUAAUUCAUAAAAGUAAUUGACAAAAAUUAAAGUAAUUCAUUAAAGUAAAAGUAAUUAAUGUUAGUUAACAUGUUUAUUUCCCCACUAGAGCUUGGAUAUUUAAGAUCUACGUCGCUUAUAUUAACUGUAACUGCAAAUAUUACCGUAUGUAAAGAACAAAUAUUUGCAGUUAGGCCUACAGUUAAAAUAAGCGUCAUAAAUCUUAAAUAUCCAAGCUCUAGUGGGGAAAUAAAAACAUGUUAAUUAACAAACUGAUUACCUAUAAUUUGUCAGGCAAAAAAUUUAAGUCUUGAUCUUUAUCAGAGAAAAUAAUAAUAUUGAAAGGUGUUUGAUGCCGCUUACAAAGUAGUUACCUACUAAAUGAAAUAGUAAUCAUAAAUUACAAUGGAAUAUGCUUAGUUAAAUUCUUGAUUAUAUGUUCCUAAAAUAUCUCCUAAGAAAUUUCUCCUGUGUCUGGUUGGGUAAGGCUGGGCGCACACUGAUCCAGCAUUUCACCUGAAGCAAAAUGUUGCACAACGAUUAGCUUGAAGCGUUUUGUUUAUUUGCUUCCCCAGUGUGCGGGAGGUUCAAGCAUGAUUCAGCAUUUGGUUUCAAGCAAAAUUAAGAAAAACAAAUAUUAGAAUUACAUAUUAUGUCUACUGGUCUUAUACUGCAGUAUUGUUUUAACAUAUGUGACGAGGAAGUUUACUAUUGCUGUAUGUCAGUUUUUUGCAAAAUGCUGGACUAAAUAGAAAGACAAAAUUGGGUUCACCCAAUCAAUCUGUUGAUAGACAGCUUUACUCUCAGGAAUUAAAUCAGAUCCAGGGAAAUUUUACAAUCAUUGUCGAAUAAAUGCUAUACUAUUUUAUAGAAAGGGUUUUAAAUACCGUAAGAAAUUAUUAUUAGAUAGUGUCGUGAUAAUGAGUUAUAUAAAUAGGUAAUGAUUCAUGAACUGAGUAACCUUGGUAAUUUCUAAAUUAUUUUACUACUUUGCAUGACUACCAAAAUGGUAGCAAGAAAAAUUAAACAGCAGUAUUGUUCAAUAUAAAUUCAAAAUAUAAUUGUUAAGUUUUAACGCAACUUCUAAAGUCAUUUUUCAAAGAAGAGUUAUUCUUUAAUCAACAAACGGUCAAUGGAAUUUUGAAAGCCACUUAAGCUUUACUAGCUAGAAAGGAUUUGGCGCAUGCGCAGAACGUUUUGCUCCUUGAAACAUCAAACAUCGUGCUGUAUGGGCUCCGUUCGUCGAGCAACUGCUCAAAUGUUUCAAGGCGUUGCAAGGCGCCUCGCAACGUUUGCUUGAUCAGUGUGCGGCGUCCCAUUGAAAUACAUGGGGUGCUCGUACCCAGUGAAACAUUUUGCCUCGCAACACUUGCUUCAGGUGAAAUGCUUGAUCUGUGUGCGUCCGGCCUAAGGGUUCUUAAUUGUAAAAUCGAGUUUGGUUCUGCUUUUAUGGAUCGAUAGUGUGUAUGUGUGUGUUACAUUACUAUGUUAGUGAACAAUCAAUAUUAGGCCUAAAUUAGUUUUAUAACUACUCAUUUUCCAACCCACAUAUUAUGUGACCAAAGAAUGUAUAUUAACAAAAUAUUUAUUUACUGUACAUUACAGUCCAACCUCAGUAUAACGAAUCUGAAGGGACCGAACCGAAUAUUCGUUAUAGGCCUAUCAAGGAUUUCGUUAAAAUGAGGUUCGUUAUAUAGAGGUUAGGUUUGCAGGAAUUUCGCUAAGUCGAGGUUCAGAACCAGCAUCAGUCUAUAUAGGUCGGGAUUGGACCUGAUUAAAACACAAUUAAAGUAGUCUAGGCUACAAUACUUUACAGUGUACAGUGUUAACAUUGUAAAGUAGAACCUCGAUUAUCCGGGAUACUAAAGGGAAGGGAUUUUUAAUAUUGCGCAAUCAUGACAUUUAUAGUCAUUGACCUUGGUACAGGGGUUAUAGUAGUAUGUUUUCUGUGGUACAGGUUACAAACUGUAAGUUUAAAAUCACAGCUUACUGCUUGCUCCAACCCACCUAAAACCUAGCCAAACACUGUAUUGCAUAGUAAUAAACCACGUAAAGAACAAAACAAAACAUUAGAGAGUUUUGUAAGCUACUGCUCGCGAUAGGCCGGUGGUAGGCUACAGUACUGCUUUAAAUCACAUUGGAGGAAUGUACUGUAAUAAUCAUGAACUUAGUACAAACCAUAUUGAGAAUAAUGAAAAUAUUAGAUAGGCUAAGUCGUUAUAAAAGUGUAUACUCAUAGCAAACUUAAAGAUAAUAAAACACUCGUUAAUGGAAUGUUAAGAUAACGAUGUUGCUAUUCUUUUUCUUUGCCUUGAUCUUCUAUUAUUUUUCUUUCUAAGGUUUCUCUUCAUCCAAAAAUUGUACAAUUCACCACAUUUACUUAUCACCCAAUCACAGCUUACUACACAUUACGUCGUCAUCAGUCCUCAGUGAAUGAAAUCAGUUCUCUUAGUUGUAAACAUAGUGCGCAACGACGACAGCAGACAGGGAUGUGUAAAACGGAGCAGACGAAUAUUAGCGCAAGCGUUGACGUCACCUUUCCAUUUCAUUUGAUGAAGAAACAGAGUUUUCAAAAGCAAUAAUGGUGGUGGGGUGUUCGUUGUAUCGAGGUAAAGACGCAGACAAUUCGUUAAGUAGAGGUUAAAUUCGCUAUGUAGAGGUUAUGACAAUGAUAAAUUCGUUAUAUUGAGGUGUCUUAUUUUAGCCAGGAACAUGAAAAAUUCGUUAAAUCAAGGUCGUUGAUAUGGAUUGUUCGUUAUGUAGAGGUAAAAUAUACAUUGUGUCUUACGGAGAGUUCUAGGGGAUUUAAAAGUUUGUUAUAUCAAGGAAUUCGUUAUAUCGAGGUUCGUUAUAUUAAGGUUAGACUGUAUUUAAUGCUUUUGUGAUAUGAUAUAUUUUUACUUUUUGUGAUACUAAUAUAUUCAUAAUAUAUUUCAUUUUACCUGCUAAAUAUAACUUAUAUAAAUAUUGAUUAUUUUCAGAACAUUUCCAAAAAAUAUUUAUUUUGUAUAGGAAAAAUAUAACUAUAGUUCGGCCGCUUAGAAAACGACCUGCACGCUAAUGUAAACCAAUGCUGGAGGAGGUCGCUUUCUAAGCAGCCGAACUAUACACACUAAACUAUAACUUGUGUCUCACUUUUAAGUUAAAGCAAGCUAUUUGUUAUUAAAUAAAAUAGAAGUGUUCUUUACUUACGGGUCAAUCUU